AUGGAGGACUCCAAGCGCGCGAUGAAGACGAUGGAUAAAAGCAUUGAAGGUAUAAUAAAGUACUGUAGGCGCUCGCUCAAAUGAUCUCGAGUGCCAAGGAUGAAAUAAAAUAUAGUCACGACUUGAAAUUUCACCGAACGACAUUCCGCUGUUCCACUGCGUCGCGAAGCGUCUUUGCGAGCCUCGGUCUCGCUUUGAAUUGGUUCUCAUUUCUGAUAGAUGGACUGUUCCAAUAGGAACACGUGUUGGUCGAGUUCUUAAAUAGAAUGAAAAAUUAAAGGUACGCACCGGAACAGCGGAAUGCGUUCGGUGAAAUUUCAAGUCGUGGUACACAGACUAUAUAUGCAAUUAUUUCAAUUUGGCGUAUUUCUUGUGUCCUGGAUGAUGUCAUAAAGUGACGUCAGGGAGUGAAGGUUUCCGAUUUAAAGAAAUCGUGAAUAUUGACAGUCUCCUCUAUCGAAUAAUACAAGAAACAUUGGAUAGCUCUCAAAAAUCAGCUUGCGGUCCCUGGCCAUGUUGCUAUAAUUUAAACGGACCCUGUAUAUCCGAAAAUGUAGGAGCUCGAGGGGUCACUUUAGCGAUUCAAGUUGAAGCGCGAUCCUGCUUGAAUAUGACUCAAAAAAGCAACUGAGGGAUCUCUUAAGCGACUGCAUGCCGCUUUUUGUCGACAAAAAACGGAUUGCUCGAAUUAUAGGGUCUGUGAAAGAAGAAGUCAAGGGCGGAAGUUCAAUGGUCUCGGGCAUUCAGCAAGCCAGUUCGUUUUAAAUUUCUUUGAAACUCGUCAGAGUUCUUAGAUUCUUAGAAAGUUCUUUUUGUUAGAGGUUAUUCGAAAAUAGGAAAAAGCUUUUCAAAAAAAAAAAAGAUAGCUCGGUCCUAGAUGAGGUGAAGCCUUUAUUUGCUCCAUGAACUUCACAAAAAGCCGUUUUCAGUCUAUUUCUGAUCAGCAGAGUGGAAAAGUUAUAUUCGAGUCUCAAACUUUUUCGUCCUUCAACUCUGCAGUUCAUCAUAUUUCGUUUAAGAAAAAGCCUUCUUCUCGCUUUUUGAAGGAGUUUUUCGACUGAAAGGCGGAUCAGAAGCCCUCCCACCUGUUCCAUGUGAUCCCACAAGCCCCAACUUACCCAGCAGCAGCAUCCAGAAGCCGAAGGAAGACGGUAGAUUAUGUUUAUUCAAUUGAAACUCUCUAGUAAGGCAAGUUGAGCUAGUGGUACUGAAGAAAAGGAAAGAGAUGAGAGAAACGCACUGAAAAAGAGGUGCAAUAAAUGUGAAAAAUUGGAUCAAUCCCAUUUCAAAUUUGAUAAAUAUUUAGAAUCAAUAUCGGAAAGUCUCACCAGUCGUAUCGAGUAUGACGUCCAAAGAGCAUUUCAGAAAUAGAAGACUUUUUUUUUUUGAUAGAACUAUGAAGUCACUACGAUUAUUCCUGUUCACAAAAAAGGAAAUCUUUCAGACCCGUCCAAUUUUCGUCCUAUCUCCCUUACUCAUCCAAUUUCCCGUGUUUUUGAACGGAUUGUUACUAAUAUGGUUAGAAUUCGCUUUUCUCAUAGAUUUUCUCAAUUUCAAUUUGGUUUUUUAAAUCGAAGAUCUUGUAAGCUCUCUCUUAUUAGCUCAAUUUCCGAUAUUCAGAAAUCCUUGGCAUCUAAAAUUUCUGUUGAUGCUGUCUACUUCGAUUUCUGUAAAGCGUUUGACAAAGUCAACCAUGACCUCUUACGCCUCAAAAUGCACAACUUUGGCUUUGAUCAAACUCUCAGUCGUUGGUUUUCCAACUUCCUUUCUAAUAGAACUUCGACUGUUAAAGUAAACCAAUCCUUUGCUGAUUCUAGUUUCCCUAACCCCUCCGGUGUCCUCCAAGGAACAGUAAGUGGUCCACUUCUUUUUUUGAUUUUUUUAUUAACGAUAUUGAAAAAUUAUAUUGAUGCCUCCACCUCCAUUUCUAUUUUUUUGCAGACGAUAUAAAAAUUUUUUUAGUAACUGCCCCAGAUCUCUCCAAAGCAGCAUUAAUGGUAUCCUAGAAUGGUCUCGCAUUUGGUCUCUCCCCCUUGCUUCCGAAAAAAACUUUCUCAGUUCAUUUUUGGUCCUGACAACCCUCGAACCCGAUACUUCGUCGACCGUCUUGAAAUCCCUCAAAGUUCCAUUGUUCGUGAUCUUGGUCUUUUUUAUUGAUGAUAAACUCUCCUUUAAACAACACAUAAAUCGAAUUUCUGCCUUUGCCACCUUACGCUCUAACCAAAUACUUAAUACCUUCAAAUUUUUCUUCUCCUCUUAACUACUUUCGUAUGUUUCAAACUUACGUGGUUCCAGUCCUUGAAUAUUGCUCCGAGCUUUUUCUCCCGCUAUUUCAUCUGAUGAAUCCUACAAACUCGAAUCAUCUCUCCGUCUCUUCAGUCGGAAAGUUUUCAUCCGCUGUAAUGUCAGCUUCUCUUCUUAUUCCGAUCGCCUCAAUCAGUUUAAUAUCAAACCUUUGUUCAUUCGCCGUAAAAUUUGUGAUAUAAUCACUCUACAUAAAAUUGUCUGUGGCUCUGAUCAUUGUCUCGAUCGCAAUAAGUAUUUCACUCAAUCCCUGUUACAGAGAAAUCCACUUCGACUACGGACAGCUGGUCAGUUUUCUAAUGACUACUUUUCUAGGACUAUUCCUCUUUGGAACAAAUUAACUUCUUAUUUAGAUUUUAACGUCACCCCAGAAACCCUUCGGAACAAAUUGAAUAAUCUUCCUAAUCAAGCUUUUUAUGAAAAUAUCCCUUCUCGCCUUGUGUAAAAAAUUUCUUCUUACUUCCGGGUACCUGUCAACUCGUUGGGGUUGACUCCUUCCCGCGUAUUGUUAUUCUCCUGCCCGUCAUAUGUUGAUCACUUAUAAUUUUUCUAUACUACCUAAUGUUUUUUUUUAUGGCAGUGAAUAAACUAUUAUUAUUAAAAGUCAUAGAAAGCAUUUAAUUUCGAAACGAUGAAGUGAACUAUGACGAUUUAUAAAGCGUCCAAGCAUUCUUUUUCUCCAAUAGUAGAAUACAAGGUCUUUGUAAUAAAAGAGCACAGCAUUCCGAAGCGGGGUUCGCGCCAAAAGAGGCGCAAUCUAUUUUCAAUGGAGCGCGUAACUUGGAGCGUUGUAAAUUAAAUCGAAAUCAGAACUUUUGUCUCCCGAAUCGUUCAAUUACAUGGUUUCCUACUAAUUAAACAAAAAAGAAUGAUGAAAUAAGAUAACUGAAAAAACCUUAGCGUUUUUAAAUAAAAAAGGCAGGGACACACUUUUAAAAAGAGCUUUUCAAAUACAUACUAGCAAAAUUAUGUGAAAAAAUUGUGAAUACACAUAAGAAACAUAAAAAAAAUCAACAUGACUGGAAAAACUCAGAAAAUUACAAUCAAAACUUAAAUAUAUGAAGAAAACUAUAUUAAACAGAAUGAGUCGAUAAGUAAAUCCCGCCCACUCCAUGCAGCGUCCGCACGCUUUCUGCAGCAGCACGCAUCAACCCCGCUUCAAAACGCUGUGAGAGUACGAAGUAAUCAUUUGAUCGAAAAGUCGAGAUCCUCUAGCAAUCCAAGGUGGCAGCAAGGGGUCAGCCAACUUUCAGAGCUUGAACUUUCCAAUUCCCAACGUUCGGAUCAAGCUGCUUUUUAGUCAAGUCCCUCGAGUUUUGUAGCGCCGGCUGGGUACGAGAUAGAAGGCUCUGAAGCCGCGCACAGCGGAGCCUUCCAGAAAACGGAGGACAAGAUCCUGUCAGAGAUAACCGCAGCCGAACUAACCGGAAAAGGUGGACCAAGGGAGGGACUACUCUCGUCGGUGGAACAAAGGAAAAUUAUAAUAGCGAAAAGAGAUCGUGAGCCUCACUUUUACUUUUCUUUCAUUUUUUCAUCACCGAUGAACCUGAUUCAAAUUGUGAGUUCCAACAUACAGACGAGUAUAGUCCGUUUUUCGCGACUUGAAAGGGCGGGACUUCUCUGCGCCCUCCUCGUCUCUCGACGUCUCUCUCAUGUUGACGUGCUAUUUUCAUGUUUCUCUGACUUCGUUGUGAGGGAACAGAGAGACACGAGAAAACUGUCAGGUCGCGGCGAACGAACUAUACUUCUCGCCUAUUCAUUAUCUUCCUCAUUAGUAGAUUCAUUUCAAAAAUAAAUCAAAAACUUUUCUAAGGUCCAUAAGACCUCUUAUGAAAAAAAAAAAGAGAAGAAACGAAAAUGGAAAAAAGUGAACAACGCUCCCAAAAAUUAGUCGGAAUUUUUGGAAAGAUUUUUAUGUUCCUUAUUAAAUUCUGAAUUGAGGGGUUCUUCGAAGAAAGUAUAAUUACUAUUAAAAAUCACCUUAAUUCAGUGUGUUUGAUCAAUAUGAAGGGUGAGAAAAUACAUAUGAGGAGGACAUUACUAUGAAAAAGGUUUUAGGAUUUCUGAAAUUUCUUAGAGGAGAAAGGGUUUAAAGAUGAUAAUAUUUUUAUGUCGCGCAGCCGUUUCGGGUCCCAAAAAUGGACGGCUUAGAGGGUGACCCAUCGUCAGCAUUUUACCCUCUUGCUUUAAAUCAAAAAAAUGUUAUAAAAAGAUUUUUUUAGCUAUUAUACCUAGGCGCAGUUUUUAAAUUAAUAAAGUUUGGAAAAUUGAAAAGGGAAAACUGAUAAAUGAAGGGGGAAGAAAAAGGAAAAGAGAAAAAAAGGGGAAAUGUAGUCAUUCAUAUCCGAUAUCGAUUGUUGUCGGCAGAGGUCAAAAGUUACGAAGAGGUAGAUUAAAUUUAUGUUCUUGUGGAAGUCUAUAUUGAAAGUAUAAAGGUAGAAAAUUGAGGUUGAAAUUUGGAAUGUAGAGUGAAGAAGGGAUAGUUAUAAUGAAAUGUGUAUUUUUUUGCAAAAACUAAAUCCGAUUUUUUUCUUUGAAUUUAGUCCUAUUUAAAGUUUUUUUGUUUUUCAAAAUUCUAAUUAAGGUGUUUAAAUUGUAUUGAUUCAAUAUGAAAGUUUUUUUAUGCAAUCGAUAGUCCUAUCUAUAAAGUCUUCUAUUCUACCGCAGCAUUUAGAGAAUCUAACAAUUUCAUUAGUGAAUGUGUUGAAACCAAUAUUUCGAGCUACAUAACUGUCGUGAUGAGGGUAUCUGAUUAUUUGAAAAUUAUAGUCAUCCGUUUUUGUUAUAUAAUUUGCUUAAGAUUUUUUUGUUCAUCGAUUGAAAUAUCUAAGUCCAAAAAAAUUGGGUUUUAUAUGUUUCCGUAUUGGUUUGGUUAAGUUCCAAUGAGUUAUGGUAUAGUGUGUUGGUGAUUAGGGAUAAGUUUAAUUUAUUUUUAUCGUAAAUUAUGAAUAUGUCAUCCAUGUAUCUGGCGGCGUGGAAAAAGCGUCUGUCGAAAAGGAUUUUAUUGUUAAUUAUAAAAUUGUAUUCCAUGGCCGUUAAGGUAAGAUCUGCUAUAAAUGGAGAGGCGUUGUUGCCUUGCGGUAUUCCGUUUACUUGUCUGAAGGUGAAUCCGGCGAAAGAGACGAAACUAUUGCUCAGUACGAAGUGAACCAUGUUUGA